CAUUUCAGGUCUGAUUUCUUUCCAGGAGUCGUCCCCAAACCCUCCAUCUGGGCUGACCCAGGCCCCAUCGUCACCCGGGGGAGCCCUGUGACCAUCUGGUGUCAGGGGUCUCUGCAGGCUGAAGCCUACGUUCUGCAUAAAGAGAGGGGCUCUAGCCCCUUGGAAAGGAGGGUCCCACAGGACUCCAGCAAUAGGGCCGGUUUCCUCACUGAAGCCACGACCCCAUCCCACGCAGGGCUGUACCUGUGUGCGUAUUACACCCCUGGGAACAUACUCUCGGAGCGGAGUGACCCCCUGCUCCUGGUGGUGACAGGAGUGUACCCUGCACCCUCCCUCUCAGCCCAGCCAAGCCCUGUGGUGGCCUCAGGAGGGAACGUGUCCCUCUCCUGCAGCUCACAGACAUCUGGCACUUUCCAUCUGCUGACGGAGGGAGGGGCUGACCCGCCCCGACACAUGGAAGCAGAACCCAGGACCUAUGCUGGCUGGUCGCAGGCCAUCUUCCCUCUGGGCCCCGUGAGCCCCUCCCAUGGGGGGACCUACAGAUGCUAUGGUUCUCCCAGCUCCAACCCCAACGUGUGGUCACAGCCCAGUGACCCUCUGCACAUCGAGGUCACAGGUGUGCACAGGGAGCCCGCCCUCUCGGCCCAGCCAGGCUCGCUGGUGCUGCCUGGACACAGCCUGACCCUCCAGUGCCACGCGGAGGCCGGCUUUGACAGAUUCGCUCUGACCAAGGACGAGGGGCUCACACCCCCUCAGCGCCUUGAGGGGCAGCACAGCCCCGACUUCCCCCUGGGCCAUGUGAACCGCACCCACGGGGGCCGGUACAGAUGCUACAGUGGACACAACCUCUCCUCUGCAUGGUCGGCCCCCAGCGCCCCCCUGGACAUCCUGGUGGCAGGAAUGUACAGGAAACCCUCCCUCUCAGCCCAGCCGGGACCCUCAGUGGCCAGGGGAGCGACCGUGACCCUGCAGUGUGGGUCUGAGAUCUGGUUUGACACCUUCCACCUGCACAGGGCGGGGUCUCUGGACCCUCCCCAGCACCUUCGUCUGCAGAACACGUCUGCACCCUCUCAGGCCACCUUCACCCUCAGUCCUGUGACCUCAGGCCGCCAGGGGACCUACAGGUGCUAUGGCUCACGCAGCACCUCCCGCUACCUGCUUCACCCCAGUGACACCCUGGAGCUGAUGGUCUCAGGUCUCAAAUGGAACCUGAUCGUCCUGAUUGGGGUCUCGGUGGCCCUUGUCCUGCUGCUCUCCCUCCUUCUCUUCCUCUUCCUCCGAUUCCGGCGUCGGAGCAAAGGCAGUACAUCGGAUGCUGCCAUGAAGGACCCACAGCCUGGGGAGAGCGUGGAGCUGGAUCUUCGGCAGAACGGGCAGGAUGAAGACCCCCAGGGAGUGACGUACGCCCAGGUGAACCACUCAAGACCAAGACCCAGGCAGGGAAUGGCCACCUCUCCUUCCUCCCUGUCGGAGGAAUUGCUGGACACAAAGGGCAGACAAGCAGAAGAGGACAGACAGAUGGACAGUCCGGCUGCACCUGACGCCCCCCAGGAUGUGACCUACGCCCAGCUGAACCUCUUGGCCCUUAGACGGCAGACACAGGAGCCCCCAGAAGAGCCCAGCUUGUACGCUGCUCUAGCCAUCCACUAGUCCAGGAAGGACCCAGACCCCACACUCCAAGGAGGGGGCCUGCAGGAACCCCAGAAGGCAAAGGUACUUCCCCCAGGGACACUCAGCUAGUGACUCCAGCCAGCCUCGAGACCAGACGUGCUCCCCCGGCAGCUCCUGGGACCCUCUUGGGAGUCACCUGGUUCUAUAAGCAAUAUGCCUACAUUUUGGAAUCAAAGCAAGACUUCUCAAUAAUCAAUGUGUGAAUUUAGAACAAAAACAGAAGAGAAUGCUUUAAAUGA